AUUAUUUUAAUACUUGAGGACAUUUCAAAGUUCAAAAAUGCCUUGCGAACUUUUAUUGAACAAAUUCAUAUCCCAGAAAAGAAGCUUUGUGACAUUUGCUUCCCCAUCAUCAAUCUGGUGUUCAGUUAAAAAUACGCCACUGUUUGAUGUUAGUUCUUAAUCAAUAUUGAAUUAAAUUAAUUUUUAAUAAGUUAUCUUGCAAUCCUGCUAAUCACUAUUCGCUGUUUUAACCUCAAUAUUUGUAUUAUUCCUGAUUCUAUCACUCUAUCAGUGUUGAGUUUGUUAAGUUUGUUAGGAAUUUGUGCUGCAGUUGUACUGGUUCUACGACAAGAUGGGAGAAGAAGUUGAUGGAAACACUGUGUUGGCUCAGGCUUUAAAAGCCCAGGGAAUUGAGUUUGUUUUUGGAAUAAUUGGAUAUCCGGUGAUCGAGCUGAGCAUGGCUCUUCAGAUGGCCGAUAUCCACUACAUUGGAAUGAGAAAUGAACAGGCCGCAUGUUAUGCUGCUCAAGCCAUUGGAUACUUAACAGGGACCCCCGGUGCUGUUUUAUGCGUUUCGGGACCUGGCCUGCUUCACACAUUUGGUGGCAUGGCCAACGCUCAAAUAAACUGUUGGCCCGUCUUGGUUAUUGGAGGUUCAGCCCCUCAAGACCAUGAAGGUAUUGGAGGAUUCCAAGAAUGCAACCAGGUGGAACUAGCCCGUCCUUAUAGUAAAUAUUCGGCGAGACCACCAAGCAUUUCACUCAUACCACUCCAUGUGGAAAAAGCAGUUCGAUUGGCCAAAAACGGAAGACCAGGUGCCGCAUAUUUGGAUUUUCCGGCUAACAUUUUGUCAGGAAGAGUCGACUCUAAUCAUAUUCCUAAACAGUACGGCCCCUCUGCUAUACCUACAAUAUAUCCAGAUCCGAAAAAAAUCGAGGACGCUGUGAAGAUUUUAACAACUGCGAAACGGCCGCUGGUCAUUAUUGGUAAAGGAGCAGCCUAUGCAAGGGCUGAGAAGGAGGUAAAUGAACUAAUUGGCUUGACUAAUUUACCAUUCCUGGCCACUCCAAUGGGAAAAGGCGUGGUAUCAGACACUUCAGAUAAAUGCAUUCAACCAGCUAGAUCUUUGGCGCUUCAAAACGCCGAUGUUAUUCUACUGUUAGGCGCCAGACUGAAUUGGAUUCUUCAUUUCGGAAGGCCAAAUAGAUUCUCUCCUGAUGUCAAAGUCAUUCAGAUCGAUAUAUCAGCCGAAGAAUUACACAACAGUGUUCAAUCUGAGGUAGCCAUUCAGAGUGAUUUAAAACCUGCUGUUGCAGAGCUGGUAACUCGUUUGAAGCAGGAACAGUUUGUGUUUUCCAGCAGUGAUGAGUGGUGGAAUUCUUUGCGAAAGAAAAGUGAAGAUAAUAGAAGAACAGUUGAGGCAAUGGCUAACGAUGUCCAAACACCUCUAAACUACUAUGCAGUUUUCAAGAGCACAUAUGAAAAUUUACCAGAAAACUGCAUUAUUGUUAGCGAAGGUGCGAACACAAUGGAUAUCGGUCGAUCAAUGUUACUGAACAAGCUUCCAAGACAUAGACUCGAUGCUGGAACUUUUGGAACAAUGGGGGUGGGGCUUGGAUUUGCAAUUGCUGCGGCUCUUUACUGUAGACAUUACGAUCCCAAAAAAAGAGUAAUUUGCGUAGAAGGCGACUCAGCUUUUGGGUUUUCCGGCAUGGAAAUUGAAACCAUGGUCAGAUACAAAUUGCCAAUAAUCGUAAUUAUAGUAAAUAAUUCUGGAAUUUACACCGGAAUGGAACCGGAGGUUUUCAAAGAUAUACAGGAGAGUGGCGAUGUUACAAAAGUUACACCUCCUGGAUGUUUGUCCAGUUGCACGAGAUACGAUAAUAUGAUGGCUCUGUUUGGAAAGUCUGGACACUUUGUCCAAACAGUACCCGAGCUACAAACUGCAAUAAAGCAAGCUUUGCAAAACCAAAAUGAACCCACCAUCAUUAACGUGAUCAUCAAUCCUACCGCAGAUAGAAAACCGCAGAGUUUCAACUGGUUAACAGAGUCCAAACUUUAAAAUUUGAAGUGGGCUUAAUGAGGGAGAUUUUGUAAAGUUGUUAACAAGGAAGUGGUUUUGUAUACGUACGUUUCAAAUAGUAUUCAUUAUUUCAAGAUUCAGUAGGUUUGUCGUGUAGAUUUGUAAAGUACUUUAUAAAUUCCUGCGAAGGAAAAAUUAAAAAGACACACACUGUUGCA